CUGUCAGAAAUAUUUCAUCCUCUAGGACUCCCCUGGUGGUCCAGUUGCAGGGGGCACGGGUUUGAUCUCUGUCGGGGAAGUCCACAUGCCGCAAGUUGCAGCCCAAAAAAAAGUCAUCCUCUGGUCUUCAUGCAGAUACAUUCAAGUAAUGGAAAGGGAAAACCAAACCAGCAUCUCUGAAUUUCUCCUCCUGGGUUUCUCAAGUUGGCCAGAGCAACAAGAGCUGCUUUUUGCACUUUUCCUGUGUCUCUACUUAGCAGGGCUGUUUGGAAACAUAUUCAUCUUGCUGGCCAUUUCCUUAGACCAUCGCCUCCACACUCCCAUGUAUUUCUUCCUCGCCAAUUUGUCUGUGGUGGACCUCUGCCUUCCUUCAUCUACAGUACCCAAGAUGCUCCUGGACAUCCAAACACAGACUCAGUCCAUCUCCUAUCCUGGCUGCCUGGUUCAGAUGUAUUUCUGUAUGAUGUUUGCCAACAUGGACAAUUUCCUUCUCACGGUGAUGGCCUAUGACCGUUAUGUGGCCAUCUGCCACCCUUUGCAUUACUCCACCAUUAUGACCCAGCACCUCUGCAUCUCCCUCGUGGGUGGACCUUGGGUGAUUGCCUUUUUGAACCCCCUCUUGCACACCCUUAUGAUGACCCGUCUGCAUUUCUGCUCCAACAAUGUCAUCCACCAUUUCUUCUGUGAUAUCAAUGCUCUCCUCCCUCUAUCCUGUUCUGACACCAGUCUUAAUCAGUUCUUGGUUCUUGCUGUGGUGGGGCUAAUCUUUGUGGUACCCUCAGUGUGUAUCCUGGCAUCCUACAGCCUCAUUAUCUCUGCUGUGAUGAAAAUUCCUUCUGUCAAAGGAAAAUUCAAGGUGUUCUCCACCUGUGGAUCUCACCUUGCCUUGGUCAUUCUUUUCUAUGGAGCAAUCACAGGGGUCUAUAUGAGUUUCUCAUCUAACAAUUCAACUGAAAAAGACACAGCAGCAUCAAUAAUCUUCAUGGUCAUAGUCCCUGUGGUCAAUCCCUUCAUUUACAGUCUAAGGAACAAUGAGCUAAAGGGGGCUUUAAAGAAGAUUUUAGGCCAGAGCAAAAUCUUCUCCCAGUGA